CAGAGGAACUUGUUCAGAGUGAACCGGGGACGCUGGGAGGCGAAAUAAACAAUCUGCGGACUCGAGGUAGCCACAGCGACGCAGUUUUACCCCUUCAAACAUCGUAUACCACCGCCCAUCCAAGAAAUACAAGGUCACAGGUGUGUGCUGAUAGUGAACGUGUGGUGCAGCAGGCCAGUCUUGGCAGCAUGGUGAAGGCCCAGCAGUCAACUGGGAGGAAGAGCUCUCAUUGUCUCCGCAGACAGAGUGGCGGUCGGAUGGAGAUGGAGGUGGAGAUGGAGGAAGCCCAGCUCCAGACAGACAACCAGCCCCGUGGGCGAGCCCAAACUUCGGAUCUUCCCCAACUCCAGACGCAGGUUCCGACCGGGGCCUUACUGGAGAACCGGACCCAGAAGGAAACUCAAAUGGAGAUUGAGGAAAAGGGAGACUGUGGCGGCCAGCCCCAGGCCAAGGCUCUUUGGAAGCCCAUCCCGCCUCUCCAACCUCAAACAGAGUCCCAGAGGAUCUCUGCUGUCGUCACCAGGGACCAGAGCUGCCAGACCGAGGAGCUUCAGCAGAGCAGCACCAGCAACGGUGGUCACAACACAGGUUACUGUGUGGAGCCUGGAGAUCCUCCUCUGCUCCAGCAGCCUCUGCAGACCUCCAAGUCUGGAAUACAGCAGAUAAUUGAAUGCUUCCGAUCAGGCACCAGCCAGUUGAAACACAUGCUGCUGCGGGAGGUGGACACCAUCUUUGAGUGUAAGCUGUGUCGCAGUUUGUUCAGAGGCCUGCCCAACCUCAUCACGCAUAAAGAAUACUACUGCCUAUCACGGCUACCUGAACCCGACGGUCCACCAGGCGACGACAGGCAGAGUGUUGCCAUUAAGGACUUGCUGGAUGCCAUCUAUCCCAGAAUGGACCGGCCGGACUAUGUGGUUCGACUGGAGCCCAUCCAGACCAGCACCAAGGCUGUUUUUCAGUACCUGACCACAGAGGAGGAGCUGGCUAGAUACCCAUCUCACACACCCAGUGCCAGACAGAGCCCAAUGGUGUGGGGCGGAGAGGAAGGGGAGGAUGUGGAGACCAACCAGCCCAGCCAGCCAGGAGGGUCUGAGAGCCACAGCACCCCGGGUCAGGGCCAUACACAGGGACAGAAGAGACGGGAGGCAGAGGAGGAGACUAAGGAGGAGGUGCCACAGCCCGAAGAGGAUGAGUCCACAAGUGGGGUUGAAGAUGUGACAAUCUCCUGCUGUCUGUGUGGUCAGGACUUUAACUCACGCCGCAGCAUCCGACGCCACUGCCGCAAGAUGCACCAGACCAAACUAGAGGAACUGCGAAAGUACACAGAGACACGCACGGUUCCCACAAGCCUUCUCUCCAUGGUGAAAGGUCGACCGCGGACUCUGAGCUCACCCACUGGGAAAUCCUGUCCUGUUUGCUUCAAAACUUUUGCUACUAAGGCCAAUGUGCGUCGCCAUUUUGACGAAGUGCACCGUGGGUUGCGGAGGGACACCAUUACUCCCGACAUCGCCUCACGUCCCGGCCAGCCACUCUCUCUGGAGGCUACACCCCCAAGGAAGAGCGCAAAUGCCUCUCCAACACGUGGGCCCACCCCGAAGACCACCCCUAUAAACUCUAAAACAACCACUCAAAGCCAAACCCAAGCCAAACCCCAGAGCCAGUCUCCAGCUUCUCCACAGUGUAACCUGGCCUCCUGUCGCUGCUUGCUCUGUAAAAGGAACUACAGCUCUCAGCUCAUGCUCAAGAGACACAUGCGCAUUGUUCACAAGAUCUACAGCCUCAAAAACAGUAGGUCUUCUGCCAUGUCAACUUCCGUUACCACAGCACCGACCCCUAACAGCAGCAGUGGCACUAACUCCACCCCUAGCAACAGUGUCCGAGUUAAGGAGGAAGUUGUGGAACCUUCAGACGAAGAUGACGAAGAGAUUGAUAGCAGCCCUGCCUCAUCUCCUAGUGAUAGCACUGGGACGACAAAGAGUGUGCCUGUGGCAACCAAGGCAAUGAAGGUCAAGGAGGAGGAUGCCCCGCCAAGCCCUAAGCUGACUACAUCCUUGCCCACAUCAUCAGGGGCUCGGGGGGGCAGCGUCUACAGUGGGAACAUGAACAUUAAGGCACCCAAGCUGUCGGUGGGCUUCGACUUUAAGCAGCUCUUCUGCAAGCUGUGCAAACGACAGUUCAGCUCACGACAGAACCUCACCAAGCACAUCGAGCUGCACACGGACGGCACCGACAUCUUUAUUAAGUUCUACCGAUGCCCGCUCUGCCGCUACGAGUCGCGCCGCAAACGUGAUGUCUUGCGUCAUGUGACCGUCGUCCACAAGAAGUCGUCUGCGUACCUGGCAAAGAUCAUGCCAAAACUGGAAAGCAGGGCGGUGAAGAGGCUCGCCGAAGUGGUACUCAACAACUCCAACCCCACCAAGAGGACAAGCAGCAGUGUCAAGGAGGAAGUGAAUGGGCGCCACUCUGCCGCCACCUCCUCCCCUCCCUCACCUCCUGUCACUCGUAAGCAAGACCUCCUCCACUCAUCCUCCUCCACCCCAGUCCCAACCUCCUCAUCAGCCGCAGCCUCCCCUGCGCCUCAGCCCACCCCGGUCACUCGGAAACAGCAGGACCUCGCCUCCUCGUCAACAUUCACCCCGUCCCCUCCUGUCACCCGUAAGCAGGAGAGACAGCAGACGCCACAGCACCGCCCUGUUAGCCCCCCGCUGACCCGGCGCAGCGACAAGCAUGCACACCGCAACCCCCCCUCCUCCUCAUCCAAUAACCAGUCCUCGCAUGGCCGGCGGCAUGAAGCCCAGUUGGACAGCAACACCUCCGGGUCCACUUCCACUGAAGUCAGGGUGACCAAGAACUUCUCCCUCCAUGCCUGUGACCAGUGUGGACGGGCAUUCGCCAAGAAGUUGUAUCUGGAGUCCCAUAAGCGAAGCCAUCGCAAUGCAGCAGCCAACAGUGCUGGACACCGCAGGAGGAAAGGAGUCAGCACUCGCUCCAAAUCCCUGGUCUGGUGAACCAUGCACAGUUUGACUGGGGAUAAAGGACCAGCAAGCCAGUAACAAUGAUGAAGAGGAGAAUCACAACGUUCAAUUGGAAAAAUGCUGGAUAAGUGGAGAGCACGCAGGAGAGUUGAGACAAAGGAACAAAACAACUGAAGAGAGAGGAGUGAUGAAGGAAGGCUAUUCCACCUUUUUCUUAAGGACCAAAAAUAUUGUUGGAAUCCGACAUUGUUUUGUAAAGACAUUCACAAAGACAGAGCCAGUGGUAGUGCACAAACUGUCUGGAUGGAGGCACUGUUUUGCGUAGAGAGACUGUAGUAUAUAGAGGAGUAUCUGCUACUACUGUAUGUAAAUAUAGAUCCAUAUACAAACAGCUGAUUUGUACUGCUUUGCUCUUGGUUAAAAAAAAACUUUCACAAAAGGAUGACGGCAGACUGUGGAAGUGUGUGUGUGUGUGUGUGUGUGUGUGUGUGUGUGUGUGUGUGUAUGUGUGUAUGUGUGUAUGUGUGUAUGUAUGUAUGUGUAUGUAUGUGUGAAAGCCAGAAAGAGAGAGACAAUUAGAACUGGAUCGCAGAACUGAACUGAUUAGAACUGAAGCAGACUGGAAACAAACUGUUGGUUAUUUUUUUGGAAGAGAAAACAGAAAGUGACACUAGCAAUUCUGCACUGAUACUCACAACCCCUCCAGGCACUUGUGGGGCAUAGCUAACUCGUUAGCAUCACUACCAGCCUCCUCUGAGCUUGUUGAGACGGGAGACAGUUCAACAUAUUCAAGUCCACCCACUUAACAACAUGACAGAUAAACAAAAACACAAAACAGAAAGAUUUGGUUCACCAACAGUCUUAAUUUUGUAUAUUUGGAUGUGAAUCUACAAGCAAGAAUGCCACUAUGUACUAUGCUAGUGUGUUUUUCCCCCACUUAGUCCCAUCUCACCAUGUGUUAUCUAUUCAUCUGUUUCCAAGUAUCUUGGGACUUUAUGUUGAAAUCCUCUCAGAAUUAAGAGUGCAGACCUCGAUUCACGGUUCUCGUCACAUGACCAUAAAAACUUGGCACAAAAGAUCUGAGCUGAUCAUGCCUACCCAGGGUUUAGUGGCAACUUUUCCAAGGACCAUAUACACAGCUACAGGGGAGAAAUCAGGACACAUGGGGGCAAAACUGAACGCAUGACCUGUGAAAUUAAUUGAGCUGUCCUAUUUUAAAUCUCAAGCAAAACGUGCUUGUUUUUUUUUUUUUUUUUUUUUUUUUUUUUUUUUUCUGUUUUCUAAAGUAGCAUAUUAUUUUUAUGAGAACAGGGAAAUGGGAGUACUGCUUUUUAAACAGUUUCUCCUCUUGAGUCAAAGGUCAGAUCUUUGCUGAAAAUCAAAUUUCUCUUUUUAUGAAUAUUGCGAAGUAGACCAUAGAUCAGUACUCCUGUUGUAAGAUCCUUUAUACAAACAGACCAUGGUCUAGAGUACUCACCACUGGUUUCCUUUAGUUGCAAGAUUUUUCUGCCUUACAGGGUGAAGUAGCCUCUCAGACCAGCAGCGGGUCAUACAAUCUGAAAUGUUAUGGUGGAUACAGAAUUACUUGGUAUGGUCAAAAUGAGGGAAGGAUCAAGCCAUAUUAUUUGUUCUGCUUUUAAAAUCAUUUUUUAAACGCCACCUCUAAUUUCUGAUAGAGAUCCCUGUUUACCUACUUGUCCACAUUAUUUUCUGCCUUUUCUAUGCUGGCCUGUUUUCAGUCUCUGUAACCAACCAGGCACCUUUAUCCCAUAAUGCACUUUUUUCCUUGGUGUGGAGCAGUGUCUGUGUGCCUUUACCAGCAAAGCACAAGCGGAGAGUUUGAACCGAAAUGCAGUGAUGCCAGCCAUUCGCCAAGACCUUCUCAAGAUCCAGACUGUUAUCCCUUAUCAGCAUUUGUGGGAUUUUUUUCCCUACUCAGAAUCAUUAUGAUUGUAGAUUUGCUGUUUGCUGAUCUAAAAUCGGCCCAACGAUACAAGAAAAAACACUGAACCAACACAGCACAUCAGUCAGAGUGAGAUGACUGCUCAGCUGUAUCCUUUACCUUGACCAUACCCUGUUGUAAUUGUGUAGUCUGCACAUCAACCUAGUCAUAUCCAAACUGUAAGGGAACAAUAGGGGUUGCUCAUUAAUGUUUACAUGAUACAUCAGUGUUAUUAGCUUUGUAGAACCAGGGAGAGUUGUUUUGAAAUGAGAAAUGUACCAUUUGAAUGAAAUGAAAAUGACUGAAAGCCCCAAACUGUACUGUAAGAUUUUUAAAAGGUUAGUCAGCGACAUAUAGAUAAAAUAACAAAUAAGCAGACUUAUUCUUUCUAUUAGAAAGAAUUUAUAUCAAAUCACAUCAACUUUAGGUAUGUUUUGUCCCCAAAAUGGAUAAGCAGCAUUUUGUAAUAUUACUCAUAAGUCCCACUUUCUAAAGUCUGCUACAACAGGUGAGACAUUGCAGACAAGCUCUUUGCCAAAUCGACCCCAUUAGCUUAACAUUAACAUGGCCAUUCACUGGUGUUAAUGUGAGAGAGUCCAAUUUACAGCAUGCAGGAAAGAUAAGAUUGCAUUUCAAUGUGCAGUAAAGAUAGUACAGUAUUUUAUUUUCUUUCUUUCUUUCUUUUUUUUUUUUUUUGCACAGACAUGCCCCUGGAGGUGUCACUGUAUUAUACACACCAUUAGCAACCUCAGAAAGCAGUCACUGGAGGUCUUCAUUUUAGGCUGAUGUUGACCACUGUCGCCUUGUUUGGGACUAGAAAAUGUGGCUGUAGGUUAACUUCUGGGUGACAUCUCCCAUUGGAAAUCUGUCACCCAGUGCUGUUACCAUAAAUCCUACCUACCGUUGGUGCUACAGACAUCAGUACUGACCCUGGCCAUAGGACAGUAUAACAGCAAUGUGGGCGUUAGUGGCAUGAAUGUAGCGUUACUGCAAUAAGAGACGCAGCUGUCUGUCUGUAGUGCCUAAAUCGUAGUGGUGCAAGGGGUUUGAAUUGAAACCAACUUUUCAGCUACAGCACAGCUAGCUGUUGUGGUGUAGCUGGUGCUAAUCAAAAUCACUUUGAUAGACACUCAAUGGCUGCCAGAAAUAGGAGGAGUAACAUCAAAAGAAAGUAGAAGGCACCUGCCCUGAUUUGCUAAACCAGUUAGCUGUAAUAGACCCAUAGUUCAAUUUCUUAACCAAUAUGCUGCAUCGUUUACAUUGAACUCUUUUUGUUUAAUUAACCAAAAAAUGUAGGGGUGGUUUAACAUAAACUUUGUGGACGCAUUUUCUUUCCUUACUCAUGCAAUCUUUGUUGUUCGGACUUACAGCCUAAAUGCUGCUUUAGUUUCACUGAAAGUUUUCAAGUUUUCAUUUACUGGAAGUUUAGGCAGUGACACUUGUUAGAUCACUACAGCUAGACCCCCCAAGGUAGUCUUAGAAACACUGACACAUUGUAAGAGGCAAGAAGAAAGGAUUUAGGAAGACAGUGGCCUUCUGGUAGACCAAAUGUAGAUUUAUCUUGUUGAAGCGUAAAGCCAUGAAAUGGAACAAAACCAGAAAAAAAAGGACAGACCAAACUUUAUUUUUCUAACUGAAAUCGCUAGUGCAACGAGGUCUUGAAAACGUGUAUAUAUUGAUUCAUCCUAUAUGGAUGGUUUAAAUGUUAGUUAUAUCUGCACAGUAAAAUGUUCGAAUAGAUUUUGAAUCCCACAGUAGUUAGUGACUGUACUUUACUGUUGGUUGACCAUAUGCUUCAAACAUAUGUCUGACUAGUUACUGCUCUGUCACCGUUUUUAUUCACAAUUUUGCUUUGUUCCAUGUUGGGUUUUAUGUUUGUGAUCUCAUUCCUUUGAGGGAGGACAUUUUUUUUUGGUGGCAUGUGCCAAGAGAGCAGGAGUCAAACCUUGAAAGAUUCUUUAAGACUGUGUUUUAACCUUGGUGUUUCUUUCAUCAUCAUCAUCUUAUUAAGCUCACCUUCUAGAGAACCAGAGAAGAGUUAGAGAAGCCUUUCAGAUGUGACACGAAUGUUAAACCAACCACUUAAUAAAUAAAACUAUACUGCUUUAAACCCCUAA